AUGGCCACGUCCCUUCCCAACCCAGUGGUCGCCCCGCCACACGUCCACGAGCUCCUGGACCGGCUGCACGCCCGCUCAGCCGAGCAGGAAGCCAAGAUCGACAGCGCCGUCUACGACACGGCGGGCACGAGCGCCUUCGACGACCUCAUGCGCGACAAGUUCGUCGCCCUGGACCAGGACAAGAGCCAGUUCGUGUACCAGCUGGCGCGGAUGACUGGCGCAACCAGCGUCGUCGAGGCGGGGACCAGCUACGGCGUGAGCACCAUCUACCUCGCGCUCGCAGUGGGCCAGAAUGUUGCGGAUGGGAAAGCGGGUCCUGGGAAGGUCAUCGCCACUGAGAAGGAGCCCGAGAAGAUCAAGCUCGCGAAGGCGCACUGGAUGGAGGUCGGCCAGGAGAUCGAGCCUUACAUUGAUUUGAGGGAGGGCGACCUGCUCCAGACGCUGAGCAAGGACUUGCCGGAGGUAGACCUGCUCCUGCUUGACAUAUGGGCGCCUCUCGCCCUCCCUACCUUGAAGAUUGUGCAGCCCAAGUUGAGACCAGGGGCUGUGGUCAUCGUUGAUAACACGAUAUCUGGAGAGCAGCGGUACAAGGAACUGUUGCAGCACCUCAGGGAUCCAGAAAGUGGCUUCAGCAACUUGACCGUACCGUAUCAAAACGGGCUGGAUGUUUCCGUCUACCAUCCCAAAAAGUGA